AUGGCCUUGACCACACCAAAGAGUGCCUCCCUGGCCUCCGCCACGGUGAAAGCCGCACCCGCCACACCUGCGCCUGCGCCGGCGGCGCCGGCGGCGCCGGGCGUCGUCCAACCUGGCCUGGUGAAGGCAGGCACGCAGCUGUCCGUGCAACCGCCUGCGGAGCGCGUCAAAGCGCUGGAGGCCGCCCUGGAGGCGGAGCCCUACGACUUGGGCGCCUGGGACGCGCGGCUGCGUGAGGCGAUCCAGGAGGGCAAGGCUGAGCCGGUCUUCGAACGAGCUGUGAAGCAACUGCCUUUUGCGGCGCGAAUCUGGGCGGCCUAUGCCGAGUGGUCCGAGAUGCAGGACUCAGCCAUGGCGCUUGGAGUCUACAGUCGCUGUUUGCAGCAAGUGCCCAACAUGGACUUGUGGCUGUCGUACCUGAACUUCUCAAAGAGGCAUCAGACCCUCGAAGAAGUUUUGCGCUCCUACGGCCGUGCCAUAGAUCUCUGGGGCAGCGAUUGGAGGGCGGCGCCCGUAUGGUCAGACUAUUUGGCCUUGCUGAAGCACGCCUACAACUUGAAGCAAAAGAAGGAGAAUCCCGACGCAGAGCUUCAGGGGAAGCUGUUAGCGGAGGAUCCCAAUCCCAUCGACACGGCCAAGCGAACCUUGAAGAAAGAACUGCAAAAGGUGCAGGUGUGCCGCAUUACAAAAGCUUUUGGUUGGGAAGCUCUACAGUAUGCCAUAUGA